UGGGCGGGUGGGGGCUCAUGUGGUCGGCGGCCUGGGACUACAUGAAGAACUACGCAUGGAGGGAGUUGCCCUAUUCGGAGGUAUACGGCGCCGUUUCGGACGCGAACGAAUUGCUCAGGUGGCUGGGUGAGUUGGGUCGAAAGGAAUCGGACUCGGAACGAGCCGCUUGGGUGGGACAGAAUUACCAAAGUGUCCUCAGAGUCUCAAAUUCGCUGCUCCGUAGGCUCCUCACGGUGUUCUAUCACUCGGGAACGCUGAGAGAAUUGGUCAAGGCAGUGCAAAGCGAGGUGAAGGAGGGGGAGCUGUUGAAGGAUUUUCUUGAAUUGGGCACCAAUGAUUUCAAAGGUUUGAUCCAAAUUCUCAAGGAUUUGGGAUUACAAUACGGUUCCUCUACCAUGCACCAAGAUUUAUGACAUAUGUGUAGUUAAUUUGUAAUCCUUUUACUACACACAAAAGAAAACGACCAUUAAAUUUUUUGUCUGUUGGGUUAUUUGUA